AUGACGACAUUGGAGACUAAGCCGCUGAUAAUCCCCGAGCGACCCCAGGCCCCAGAGGCCACAUUAAUACUACAAAGACUGAAUUCCGAUAGCAUACACCACCAUAAUGAACCAACAAAUAUCCUAGACAUCACCCUCUUAGAAAAGAUAAAAAGCUUCCUCACAUUCGCAGGCUGUCUCCACAACCCAAGCCUAAACAACAUCCCAACGAUCCUGUUUAAAGUCAAAUACCACAGCGGCGCAACAGGCUUCGUCAACUGCGCCUCCACGAUCCGCGGAAAGCCAAAGAAUAUCGAACAGUCCUUCCACAUGCACGCGAAAGUCCGCUACGCAAAGGACCUCAUCAGCGACGGCGACUGGGAGUAUAUGGCCCACCGGUUUGGAUACUCCAAGGCGCGCACGAUGCAGUUUGAGUGGCUGCAGGUGAUGCGUGGCAAGGCGCUCUAUACUGAAUUACCUGCUGUGAAUGAGAACGAGAGCCACGGCGACGGGGCGAGUUGCGUUGGUUCUGGCUCGUAUGCCCCGAGUGCGAGCACGAGUAGUAGCUGCAUGGGGCGUGGGAAAUGGGGAGUUGGGGUUGGGAUUGGGAUUGCGGUUGCUGUUGGACUCGGGGUUGGCGUGGCGCUGGGCUUUGGUGUUGGGCUGGGCUUUGGAUUGGGGGUUGGGAUAGGGUUGUUUCUCAUGCGUUGA